AUGUGUAAGUUUUGUGACUUCACGUUUGAGGGCGGAACCACUCGCUGCGCGGUUCACCUGGCGAAAUGGAAAGGGCAGGGUGGAGGCGCUGUCCGGCUUUGCAAGAAGGUGUCCCCGGCAGUCAGUGAAGAAGUGCGCGGCAUGUACAAGGAGAAGGCGGAAAAGCUGGGCGUCAAACGAGGGGCGGCCGCUGCAGCAGUUGACUCCGCGCUGGGCGCGGUCACUGGUUCUUCAGACAAGAAGGGGAAGAUUACGUCCUCCUUCGGCGAUGAGGCAGCGUGCGCCAAGGAGGACGCGGAUAACGCCCUCUGCCUUUUGAUCGCGGUGUUGAGACUUCCCGAGCGCAUCGCGGACGAUCCGGUGUUUCGCUACGUGGUCCAGUGCAUUGCGCGCGCUGGACUGGGGUACGUCCCCCCCAAUAGGCGCUUCAUUGGAGGGGCGGGCUUGAAGAAGGUGCGGCAGAAACUGGAGGAGGCGCUCGCCCCCGUUGCCGCGAGCUGGAAGCGUGACGGGCGCCGUCGAGCGCCCCUUCUAGCGCCGUCGAGCGCCCCUACUAGCGCCGUCGUGCGCCCUAGUGGCCGCCGCUCGUAG